AUGCCGUGUUUUUCAACGGACCGGCGCGAGCCCAUGUAUUUCGAGGACGUGCGUAGCCGUCGGGUCUUCAUCAGUAGGGUUUUAAUGAUAGUGGCCAUAAACUUGAUCGUAACCACGCUGAUAAUGACAUACUGCAUCUUCCAUAUGGGAGCGAGGAAGUUCUUACAGAAGCACUGGUACAUUGGGUUAGUCGGACUGCUUGUUAUAACUAUGAUUUCCAUUUUGAUGUGCUGCUGCAGUUUCCUGUUUCGCACCCCGUGCAAAUACAUAUUGUUGGUAAUAUAUGUAUUGGCCCAUGCCGCAGUGGUGUGCUGUGCAGCGGUUAAAUAUCAUCCGAGACUGAUUUUUAUAGCCGUGGGCAGUUGUGCCGGCAUUGUGGUGUUGCUGUGUCUGUUCGCCAGAUUUGCUCCUUGCGAUUUCACCGGAUGCUGGAUCUUUGUUUUCGUGUUUUCCCUAGUAGUUAUGAUCAUGGGAAUCGUGACCAUUUUCAUCCCAAGCGUACGCAUAGCGUAUGUAUCGCUUGGAGUACUCCUGUUCUGCUUGUAUGUGGUGAUUGAUAUCCAACUGAUACUUGGCGGCACAAGCCACCAAAGCGAGUUCGACGAGGAUGAUUAUGUAAUAGCUGCCAUGACACUAUACAGCGACUUUGUAUUCCUCUUUAUAUUUAUACUGGACCUCAUUGGUUUGUUAGAUGACUAAGAAUAAAUAUGCUUUUG